AAAAAAAAAAAAAAACAUAGAACAGGGUCGACGUAGAGCAAUUUGUUGUGUUGUAUCAAACUUGUAAUUAUUAUGCCAAUUACUGUAUGACUUACAUAAAGACAUCGGUAAUUAAUAUGAGUAUAAGUUGCUGCAAUCUUUUCCUACAAUAAAAAUUCAUGUCAUAAAUUUUUAUUUGAAAUAUUACGUCGAGUAUUUUUGUAUUGAAACAAUAAUUUAAGUAAUCGCUUGACUGCAAAGCCAAUAAUUAAAAAAAUAAAAUAAUUGGAGGUAAGAAUAAAAAAUAAAAUGCCAGAUAUCAAAGUAACGCCACUGGGAGCUGGGCAAGAUGUUGGAAGGAGUUGCAUUCUUGUAUCUAUGGGUGGAAAAAAUAUAAUGCUUGACUGUGGAAUGCACAUGGGCUUUAAUGAUGAGAGAAGAUUUCCAGACUUUUCUUAUAUUGUACCUGAAGGACCGGUGACGAAUUACAUUGACUGUGUAAUCAUAUCCCACUUUCAUCUAGACCACUGUGGAGCGCUUCCUUAUUUCACCGAGAUGGUAGGAUACACGGGACCAAUUUAUAUGACCCACCCUACAAAAGCUAUAGCUCCAAUCCUGCUAGAAGACAUGAGAAAAGUAGCAGUAGAACGUAAAGGCGAGAGUAAUUUUUUUACCUCGCAAAUGAUUAAGGAUUGUAUGAAGAAAGUUGUUGCCGUGACACUCCAUCAGUCGGUGAUGGUCGAUCCAGAGCUGGAGAUAAAAGCCUACUAUGCCGGGCACGUGCUUGGAGCUGCCAUGUUCCAUGUAAGAGUCGGUUCCCAGUCGAUUGUUUACACCGGCGACUACAAUAUGACUCCAGAUCGUCAUCUAGGUGCUGCUUGGAUUGACAAAUGUCGGCCUGAUUUACUAAUAUCUGAGUCUACUUACGCUACAACUAUUCGCGACUCCAAAAGAUGUCGAGAACGUGAUUUUUUAAAAAAGGUUCAUGAAUGUAUAGAUCAUGGAGGUAAAGUAUUGAUACCAGUAUUUGCUCUCGGUCGUGCUCAAGAACUCUGUAUACUCUUAGAAACUUACUGGGAACGUAUGAAUCUCAAAGUACCUGUUUAUUUUGCCCUCGGUCUCACAGAAAAAGCAAAUAAUUAUUACAAGAUGUUCAUUACCUGGACAAAUCAAAAAAUAAAAAAGACUUUUGUCCAGAGAAAUAUGUUUGAUUUUAAACAUAUCAAGCCAUUUGACAAAGCAUUCAUUGAUAAUCCUGGAGCUAUGGUAGUUUUUGCAACACCCGGAAUGUUACACGCUGGACUAUCACUGCAGAUUUUCAAAAAAUGGGCGCCAAAUGAACAGAACAUGGUAAUCAUGCCUGGUUUCUGCGUGCAGGGAACAGUAGGACACAAAGUACUCGCCGGCGCGAAGAAAAUAGAAUUCGAAAACCGGCAAGUUGUCGAAGUUAAAAUGGCCGUUGAGUACAUGUCGUUUUCAGCUCACGCAGAUGCCAAAGGAAUAAUGCAACUGAUUCAGUACUGCGAGCCAAAGAAUGUAAUGCUCGUGCAUGGAGAAUUUGCAAAGAUGGAAUACUUGAAAGAGAAAAUAAAACAAGAGUUUGGUAUCAAUUGUUAUAAUCCAGCAAACGGAGAGACUUGUGUCAUCACUACCAUGUCCAAAGUACCUGUCGAUGCUUCUUUGGAACUUUUGAAAGCCGAGGCCAAACGUUAUUCAGCUCUGCCACCAGAUCCUAAAAGAAGAAGACUUCUGCACAGCGUUUUGAUGCUGAGAGAGGACAGCGUGAGUCUUGUAGACGCCGAAGAGGUGGGGAAAGCAGCAGGAAUACCGAGGCACGUCGUAAGAUUUACUUCGACAGUACAGAUCCAAGAUCCCGGUCCAGUUCAAUCAACGACGAUGAAGUUAUUUCAACCGUUGAAGGAACGGUUGACUGGGUGGAAUGUUCAGCUAAAUGAUGGUGCCAUUUCUGUUGAGUCUGUUUUAGUUAAAAUUGAGGGAAGCGAAGAUGAUCAAAAGAAUGUGUACGUUUCUUGGACGAAUGAAGACGAAGAUUUGGGCAGUUACAUCCUUGGGUUCCUCCAAACCAUGUUGAAUUAAUUUAAGUCGAUAAUAAUUAUCGUAAUUUUUAUAAUAUCAUAAAUAUAAGUUUAGUAAAGGUAAAGCAAACUGUGAUACGGUUACGGAGUUUAAUUUUUAGUCGAAUUCCAUUAACUCGGAACUUCCCCUUAAUCUUGACCCCCACUACGAGCUUCGCUGUCGCCUACCUGAUGCUGUACAUUUGUAUGUCUGUAUAUAUUUACAUAAGGCGCAUGCGUGUGAUUUACUCUUUAAAGGAGGUGGCAUUCGAUAAGUCGGAAUUUCCGCUCCUCCGAAGACUAACUCCGAGUUAAUGGAAUUCAACUGUACCGCGAACCUUCUAGACAUUUUGUUAAGAUAAUACUUUUGGUUUUAGAAUUACUGUCAUAAUUCAAUAAAAUUCAGCAACUAGUAAACAAUGAUAAGAAAAAAUAGAAUUUAAUUUUCAAGAGCUACGGAGAGCCAAUAAAUUCAAUGAAACCUGUGAUUUAUCAUGAGGUUCAAUUUUAAAUAUAAGAAAAUCAAAAUUUUCCUGGUCCUUUGUAGCUCUUGAAAAUUUCAAUUGAAUUUUCUUCUCAUCACUACUAAUAUAUUAAAUUUUAUUAACAAGAUUUGCAGAUCUGUCCAAGUUUUUCUCCCCAAAAGUUUUUAUCACGAGAUCAUACCAAGACUCAAUACACUGCUCUAUACACGGAAAAAAAAAUAGUAGUUGCUACUCUCUGGGAUAGUACUGAGUACUUUCUGUAAAAAAAAAUUUUAGACAGUACUGUAUCCACUAUUAUCUAGACUAUACUCACUACUGUCUGGGAUAGUACUCACUACUAUCCAGAGAGUGGAUAUAGUCUAGAUAGCAUACAGAACUGUCUGAAGUUUUUUUUUUUUACAGAAAAUACUCAGUACUAUCCCAGACAGUAGCCACUACUAUUUUUUUUUUCCGUAUUAUCUAGUGUCUGUCACAUUUAUUGAAAGGUUCCGCCCGGUUGCGAUAAAAUUUUUUUACAACGCCUCCAUUUACUGUACAAGUGCAACAAAAAAUCUACUCCAGUACUUCUUCUCCAAUCGCACUCCAGUGCGAGAGAAAAAAGUGUAAACUGCCCUUUAAUUCUUAACAGUAAUUCCAAAACCGACAGUUUUAUACUUUAAGACGUAACAGUUAAAGUUUAUUACAAAUAAUUGGUUGGGUAAAUUAAAUACAUAAUAAUACGUAAUAAUUAAUAAUAACAAUAAUUGAAAAUAACGAUUGCAGGGUACAUAUAUUUUUUAUUAUUAGUAUGUUUAAUGCUAUAUUGCAACUGUUAUAAGAUACUACCAGGAUUGUUAAGGCUGACCAAUGGUUUGGAUAUUACAUCAACAUUCACGAGUAUUUUAUUAUCUUUCGUAAUUUACUUUUUUUCUACAGAGAUUCAAAUCACAAAUAAUAAUUUGUGAGAACACUGAUUUAUUUAUCUAUUAAUUUAUUAAUUAAUAGCCUUUUGUAAAAAUGCAUUGGUUUCAAUUGCCUGAUUAUUAUUAACUAUUUUAAUUAAUAUAAUUAAUUAAUUGUAAUAAUCGCGUUACAUUUUGCCGUUGAGCCGAUUUGUAAAGAUGUCAAAAAAAAAAAAAAAAUAUAUAUAAUUAUAUAUUUAGUGUCGAUUGGACGAUGGGUUAAUUUAAUUUUGGUUUCAGCGAUUUAAAUAAUUGGCAUUAAAUAAAAAUAUACUAGUAAUUAUUAAUUAUAAGUUUGUUUUUGUUUUAUUCCAAACCAUUAAUCGUCCAAUCGAGUUAAUGUGCAUCGUAAUUUACCCCUUAAUUCAGUAGUUUGUAUUAUAAAAUGUAUAUAAAAUAAGUACGGUAUCCAAUUAAAAAAUGUUUACAUAUAUACUUUAUUUAAUAAAUGAUCAGGAAUUUAUUUUAGGCUGCAUCAAUUAUUUUGGUGAACAUCAAAUAGAGAAAGCCUUCAAUCAAAAUUAUUAAUUAACUACAAUCUAAGCAUUUAAAUUUUUUAUUAACAAAUUAAUCAUCAGUUACGUUCACCAAAUAUUGUAAAUAAAUAAACAAUUGGUUUAAUAAUUAAUAAUUAUUAUCAAUCAUCAAUCCGUUUGUUCUCAGCUCAGUGAAAUAAAUAAAUAAUUACAAUUUCAAUUCAUUUUCUUGAUAAUAAUUCAUUAAUUAAUUUUAAAAAUAAAUUUACAAAUUUAAAAUAAUCGCAAGUCUGUUUUCUGUUAUUGGCUUUCGAUAUGAUUCCCUGUGUAUGAGAUGAGAAUAUAAUAUAUAUAAACUACUUUUAAAACAUUAAUUAACAAUCUCCAAGCAUGAUUUUUUUUUAUUCAUUUAUUUUAUAUUUUUUU